AUGAAAGCCGUAAACGAUCUAUACAAGGAAGGUCGCUUCAAGAGACUGGGAAUAUCCAACUACAUGGCAUGGGAGGUGGCACAGAUCUGUGAGCUCUGCCGCAAGAACGAUUGGGUCCAGCCAAGCGUCUACCAGGGUGUCUACAACGCUCUCCAUCGCUCAAUUGAGCCAGAGCUCCUCCCUUGCCUUCGUUACUACGGCAUUGCUUUCUACAACUACAACCCUCUGGCUGGUGGCUACCUCACAGACAGAUAUACAAGGGAGGAUGCUGACAAGGACAUUGAGAGCGGUUCGCGAUUUGACCCCAACAAGUGGCAGGGUAAGAUGUACCGUAUGCGCUACUGGAGAGAAGAGUACUUCAACGCUCUCGAUCUGCUCCGUCCUGUUGCGAAGAAGCACGGCCUCACCGAAGCCGAAUGUGCCCUUCGUUGGAUGCAGAACCACAGUCAACUGCAGCGUGAGAAGGGCGAUGCCAUCAUUAUCGGUGCAUCUUCCCCUCACCACAUCGAACAGAAUCUGAAGGAUAUGGAGAAGGGUCCUCUUCCAGAUGACGUUCUCGAAGCUUUGGACAAGGGCUGGGAAGGCUGUAAGGGCAUCAGCAUUAGAUACUACCAUUAA